AACAUCCAACUAGACGCUCGCGAUCUCGUUUACCUAGAUGGCUUCGGUUUCAUUCUGUUGGGAGUGUGCCGUAUCAACCAGAAGACAUGUCUGAGAAGCAGGAAUCCAGGGCCGAACGCGUGGCACGCUACAAGGAAGAGCGCAGGCGCCAAUUGGCCGCGCAGUACGGUACCCACGAGGACACCCCGAUAGCCACCAGGACGCGCAGCAAGGACACCGCGUCCAGUAGCUCCGAGGGGCCGCGGCCCACCAGGGCGUCAAAGCUCAGGGCGGCCGCCCUCUCGGGGCAGGACGUCGCCCCCCAGGGCCGGGGGUUGAAGGUCAGCAAUUCGGAG